CACAUGAAUCCAAAAACACCUCCAUUUUUUGGGGGGGGGACAACACAACACAACACAACACAAGGGCUAUUCCUCAAAAUAUAAAAGCCCAAAGCUUCCACUUUCCACUUCCCCAUAAAAAGAAAAUUACUAGUAAUAAAAAUAUCUUUUAUUUCCUUUUCCAUUUUCCAAAAAUCUUUUAGAUUUUAAAAUAAACAAACAGAAAAAAAAAAAAGGUUUAUAGAUUUCCUAAAAUAAACACGAAUACAUAAAUUAUUCCUAAUUUAGAAACUACGGUAUACGAAUCCCAUAUACCCCACGCGUCAGUGAUCUAUACGGUGGACGGCGCUUUGAUCUAAACUUUCUUUUUUAAACCAAUUAUUUAUUGGACGACGUGUAACCAGUAAGCGGUUUUCAUUAGCGGUUUAUGGUUUUCCUGAAAUACGCUUUCCUUAUAUAGGUGGUUUGAUGAUGUAUCUUAAUCUUACUAGCCAACAUUUCUUCUUUUCUAUCUCUCCAAAACGACGUCUCUGAAAUCUCUCCAGAGCAAACAGAAGGAGUAGUGUGAUUAUAAAUUGAUAUGGGGAGAGGGAAGAUAGUGAUAAGAAGAAUAGACAAUUCCACAAGCAGGCAAGUGACGUUUUCAAAAAGAAGGAAUGGAUUAUUGAAGAAGGCAAAGGAGCUCGCGAUUCUUUGUGACGCUGAAGUUGGAGUUGUGAUAUUUUCUAGCACCGGCAAGCUCUACGAUUUCUCUAGCUCCAGCAUGAAAUCAAUAAUUGAAAGAUACAACAAAUCAAAAGAGGAAAACAAUCAGACGGGGAACCCAAUCUCGGAAGUGAAGUUCUGGCAAAGAGAGGCAGCAAUGUUGAGGCAACAACUGCAGAACUUACAAGAAAAUCAUCGGCAAAUGAUGGGUGAAGAGCUUUCUGGCUUGAGCAUUAAGGAAUUACAAAAUUUGGAGGGUCGACUGGAAAUGAGCCUCCGUGGGGUUCGUAUGAAGAAGGACCAACUUUUGAUGGAUGAAAUAGAAGAACUAAACAGAAAGGGGAACCUCAUCCACCAAGAAAAUGUGGAACUCUAUAAGAAGGUAAACCUAAUUCGUCAAGAAAACACGGAAUUGUAUAAGGUUUAUGGAACAGGGAACACAAAUGCAGCAAAUAGAGAUUACCUUAGCACAAAUGGUCUGGGAAUUGGGGAGGAACCAAAUGUACCAGUCCAUCUUCAGCUUAGCCAGCCGCAGCAACAGAAUUAUGACCCACCAGCAAGAACAACAAAAUUGGGGUAUAAUCCUCCACAUAACAAGUAUUUUCAUUUCAUCUAACAGUUGUUUUCCCAUCAUCUUGAUGCCAAACCCCUUUUUCUUUGACAACUGCAGCAGAUUACAAUUGCAAUAGCGAAGAAGAUGCAUCUACUGGAAAUGAAAGUUCCGUGAUAUUAAUGGCUUUUAAAAUGUACAACUAUGCUUCUAUCAGUGCCACGUGGUAUGCGUGCCACUAACCAUUCAACAGACAGACUUUGGUUGAUGAGAACUUUAGCAUGUGUAUGAUAACAGAUAACCAAGGAAACCAGCAGCUUCUGUAAAGAGAAAAUUAAGUAUAAUAAAGAGAAGAUGAAACUGCACUCUA